AUGAACACUAUCAAUAAAGAAUCAAUUUUUAUCAAAAGAAAUGAAUAUUAUCCCGUUCAACAAAGCUUUCUUAUUACAUCAGACAAUGGGUAUGCCAAUAUGACGGUGCCGACUUCUGAGACGCAGGAGUAUACACAUUCUAACAGCUUUACUCUUGGAACAAAAGACCACUGCGAUCAUAUAAAAAUCUGUCCUAGCUCGAAAGCUGGAUGUCCUUACAUUAUAAAGCUAUCUUACAAGAAAAUAACCAAUGAAUAUCUUUCCCUGAAAGCUUCUAGUGAAACGGAGAUCUCCCAUAAUCAUCCUCCUCAUGAUAAAUGCUUGGAAUCGACUCUGAAAGGCAGAUUUUCAAGAGUUACUUCUGAAGAUGCCAAGCAAAUCUCUAUGCCUGUAGAUACAAAUACCAAGACUCGUGAGAUCCAGAGAUCUAUUACAGAUGAGACAGACGAUAAUAAUAAGCUGUACAUUAGCGAUAUCAACAAUAUCAAGGCUGCCUUUGCUCAAAUUUCUGUCCCUGUGAUGGAGGGAGCUCGCUGCUUCUUCGAAGUUAUGGCGGUUGAUGUAGUAUAUUUUACCAAUAAGUUGGAGAUACUUUUGGUUCGCGUAGAAGGUAUCCACAACCUUGGAGGAGAAGCCCUCAAACCUUUCCCAGCUGCAUUUGCCUGGGUUUCUAAUGAGCACCAAGACACAUGUAUUCGGUUUAUUCAGCAACUCAAACCCCUUGUUUUCGAAGACAAGACACUUAGCACAGUGUUUGUGGAAAAAAAGUGCACUGCAUUGAUAAACGCUCUGGACAUUGUAUUUUCAGACAACAACAAGCUGAUUUUCUAUUGGCAUAUGUUGAAUAGCGUGAUGAAGGUUUUUUCAGUAAAAGUAGUAAAAUCAAGAGAAAGUUUGACUUGGCUCUUAACAAGUAUGGCAAAACCAGCCGAAAAUAAUCUUGAAGAAACAAUUAGAGUCGAUGAAAAGUCAGAGGUGUGGAUAAAGGAAAUCAUCAAACUCGGGUCACUAUUUUGCUCUUGCGGUGGCAGCCAGCAAGUGGCCAACCCCCUGAGUAAGAUCAAGACGGUUACUUUUGAAUUCGAAGACAGAAUUGUGCACCCUUCUAUCAGCUUCUAA